CAGAAGAGGCUCGGCGGGCCUGAGCAGCCACCAAAAGAGCGGGCGGCCUGGGUGUUACCUCGAUCCCGUACUGUUUGGCGCCAGGCUUGAAGCAGCUGGAGACGGGCUGCUCUGGUCCCCGAGCCCCGCGCCGCGGCGGUGAGGCCGGCUCCGUUAUUACGCAGGCUUCGGGCGGCGAGCCCUCUUCUGAGCCGCCGCCAUCAUGCUGCUGCCUGUGUUCACCCUGAAACUGCGCCACAAAAUCAGCCCCCGCAUGGUGGCCAUAGGGCGCUACGACGGGAUUCACCCGUGCCUGGCAGCCGCCACCCAAGCGGGCAAGGUUUUUAUUCACAAUCCUCAUACUCGGAGCCAGCAUUCCAGUGCAUCCAGGGCCUUCCAGAGCCCCCUGGAAUCUGAUGUUUCACUUCUUAACAUUAACCAGGCAGUCAGCUGCCUGACUGCAGGAGUGCUGAACCCAGAACUCGGCUAUGAUGCUCUGUUAGUGGGGACACAGACCAAUCUUCUGGCCUAUGAUGUCUACAAUAACUCAGAUUUGUUCUACAGAGAGGUGGCGGAUGGGACCAAUGCUAUUGUGCUGGGAACCCUGGGGGACAUUUCCUCUCCUCUUGCCAUUGUUGGUGGCAAUUGUGCUCUGCAGGGUUUUGAUCACGAAGGAAAUGAUCUCUUUUGGACGGUGACUGGAGAUAACGUUCAUUCCUUGGCCUUAUGUGACUUUGACGGUGACGGUAAGAAAGAGCUCCUGGUCGGAUCAGAGGAUUUUGAUAUCCGAGUUUUUAAAGAAGAUGAGAUUGUAGCAGAAAUGACAGAAACAGAGAUAAUCACCUCUCUUUGCCCCAUGGACAGCAGUCGGUUUGGUUAUGCCCUUUCCAACGGCACAGUUGGAGUUUACGACAAAACAGCCCGAUACUGGAGAAUUAAAUCCAAAAAUCAUGCCAUGAGCAUUCAUGCUUUCGACCUUAAUUCUGAUGGCGUGUGUGAACUGAUAACCGGCUGGUCCAAUGGGAAGGUUGAUGCACGACAUGACCGAACCGGGGAGGUCAUCUUUAAAGACAACUUCUCUUGCGCAGUUGCUGGCGUGCUGGAGGGAGAUUAUCGGAUGGACGGUCGCACCCAGCUCAUCUGCUGCUCCGUGGACGGGGAAAUCCGCGGCUACCUGCCAGGCACAGCCGAGAUGACAGGCAACCUCAUGGACACCAGCGUAGAGCAGGACCUGAUCCGAGAGCUGAGUCAGAAAAAACAGAAUCUAUUGCUGGAACUCCGUAACUAUGAGGAAAACGCCAAGGCGGAGCUGAGCCCACUGAGCGAGGCGGAUGGGCCCCGGGGCGCCAUCCCGGCCAGCACCACGCUCCACACCGCCCUCUCAGUCAGUCUGGGGCGCGAGACCCAGCCUGCUCACGUGGAACUGUGCAUUUCCACCUCGAACGACACCAUCAUCCGAGCGGUGUUGAUUUUUGCCGAGGGGAUCUUUCUCGGCGAAAGCCAUGUGGUACACCCCAGCAUCCACAGCCUCUCCGGCUCCGUCCGCAUCCCAGUCACACCUCCCAAAGAUGUCCCCGUGGAUCUGCACUUGAAGACCUUCGUGGGCUACAGGAGCAGCACCCAGUUCCACGUAUUUGAAAUGACAAGACAGCUCCCCCGCUUCUCCAUGUAUGCGCUGAGCAGCCCUGACUCUGCCAGCGAGCCCGUCAGCUACGUCAGCUUUAUCAUCGCAGAACGAGCACAGAGGGUGGUUAUAUGGCUCAACCAGAACUUUCUGUUACCGGAAGACACUAACAUUCAAAACGCUCCAUUUCAAGUGUGUUUCACAUCCUUACGGAAUGGCGGCCAGCUGUAUAUCAAAAUAAAGCUUAGCGGAGAGAUCACCAUAAAUACCGAUGAUAUCGAUUUGGCUGGUGACAUCAUCCAGUCGAUGGCGGCAUUUUUUGCUAUUGAAGACCUUCAGGUAGAAGCAGAUUUCCCGGUCUACUUUGAGGAAUUACGGAAGGUGCUGGUUAAGGUGGAUGAAUACCAUUCAGUGCAUCAGAAGCUCAGUGCUGAGAUGGCCGAUAAUUCUAACCUGAUCCGAAGUUUGCUGGUCCGCGCCGAGGAUGCGCGUCUGAUGAGGGACAUGAAAACCAUGAAGAACCGCUACAUGGAACUGUACGACCUUAAUAAAGACUUGCUAAAUGGAUACAAAAUUCGCUGUAACAAUCACACAGAGCUACUGGGGAACCUCAAGGCAGUGAAUCAGGCCAUUCAAAGAGCAGGUCGUCUGCGGGUCGGAAAACCAAAGAACCAGGUGAUCGCCGCUUGUCGGGAUGCGAUUCGAAGCAACAACAUCAACACGCUGUUCAGAAUCAUGCGUGUGGGGACAGCCUCUUCUUAGGAAAGGGGAGAACAGAUACUGAUGCUGGCUUUAAGCCCUAAAAAUCCAGAUGAAGAAUGAAGUAUGAAGGAAAACCAGCUCUUCAGUCACUGAGUGUCUUCAGUGCAAAAAAGCUGCAAAUACACCGAAUUUCCACAGAUGAUGUAACCGACGGAAACGUCGGAGCCUGGCCCUCUGGGACUCGCUCCCUUCAGACGGCAAGGUCCUAUUGCAAGGAGCACGAAGAGUCUGCUGUGUGCAGACCAGGAACACAUUGAGAUUAAGGAGAAACUUACAAGCACAUUUUAAUGCUUGCAUUGUAUGUAUGCUGAGUUAGACCGAGCGCUCCAGAACUGGAAAAGUGGGGUGGCUUCUUAGAUGUCACCGAUAGCCAUGAGUCCCUAUUUCCCAAGUGUGGCCCAUGUGACACUUUCACCUGCCUGGCGCUUUCCCCCUCUGCCACGGACAGACUGUUCACAAGACCCUCACCCCCAUCUCUCCCGCUCAUGAAAGCACAUCAGUAAGCAAGGGAGUGAAAAUAAUAUUAUAGGGAUGACCUUUAUUCAGUCUGUAGAAACUGAAAAGAAAAGGCAAACUUUGACAUGUAAGCCAUUCUUUUUACAAAGUUGUUGUAAUCCCACGUGUCACUGCGCUGUGGUAAAAGAAUUCUCUUUUUCUUUAAAAAA